UUUGUAAUCCUUCGCAGCUUUUCUUUUUUAGGUUUUUUUUCUCUCCUUACUCAAAAACACAGUUGCAGAGGUUAAAGUGACGGCGCCAAUUCGCUGUCCGCCUUGUACGAGCUCGAGCUUCGUCUAGGCCCUCGAUUUUCUUACCCUUUUUUUUCUUAGAUUUCUUUUUCUUAGUCGAACUUUUCGAGUAGCAAUGGCGGUGAAAGCAACAAAGGCGGAGAAGAAGAUCGUUUACGACUCCAAGCUUUGCCAGCUUCUGAACGAAUACCCUCAGAUUCUAAUCGUUGCAGCUGAUAAUGUCGGAUCCACUCAGCUUCAGAACAUAAGGAAAGGUCUACGCGGCGAUUCCGUUGUUCUCAUGGGGAAGAACACAAUGAUGAAGAGAUCUGUGAGACUCCAUGCCGAGAAAACUGGAAAUGAUUGUUUCCUCAGCCUCCUUCCUCUUCUUCAGGGGAAUGUUGGGCUGAUCUUCACAAAGGGUGACCUGAAAGAAGUCAGCGAGGAAGUUGCCAAGUACAAGGUUGGAGCUCCAGCUCGUGUGGGCUUAGUGGCUCCGAUUGAUGUGGUUGUGCAGCCAGGCAACACCGGUCUUGACCCUUCACAGACCUCUUUCUUCCAGGUGCUCAACAUUCCAACCAAAAUCAACAAAGGCACGGUUGAGAUCAUAACACCUGUGGAGCUCAUCAAGAAAGGCGAUAAGGUCGGUUCAUCAGAGGCUGCGCUUCUAGCCAAACUCGGAAUCAGGCCGUUCUCUUACGGUCUCAUCGUCGAGUCAGUCUACGACAAUGGCUCCGUGUUUAGCCCUGAGGUGCUUAACCUCACUGAAGACGACCUCGUUGAAAAGUUUGCAGCUGGUGUCUCGCUCAUCACCGCGCUUUCUCUUGCAAUCUCUUACCCAACCUUGGCAGCUGCUCCUCACAUGUUCCUCAAUGCGUACAAGAAUGUUCUUGCUAUUGCCUUGGCUACUGAGUAUUCUUUCCCUCAGGCUGACAAUGUGAAGGAGUUUCUAAAGGAUCCAAGCAAGUUUGCUGUUGCGGCGGCUGCACCGGUUUCAGGAGAAUCUGCUGGAGCUUCUGUGGCUGCGGCUGUGGAGGAAGAAGUUGCGGAAGAGUCUGAUGAGGACAUGGGAUUCGAUCUGUUUGGCUAAACUACGCCGUCUUACAGUUAUCUUUAUGUUUUAUCAAUUAUAGUUGAACCUUUUUUUAAAAAAAAACACUUUCAGAAUUUCUGUUUUGCACGUUUAUGGAUAUUUUUCCUUAUAUCUAUGAAAACUCUCUUUCUGGUUUUAA